CGAGACGCCUGUUUAUUUCGCUUUAGUUAAGUGUAAAAUUCGUACGUCAUAAGUCACAUAAGUUCGUUUUGUACCCAAUGAUACUCAAAAUGAAGAGGAAUUUUCCAUUUCUGAUUGCCUUUAUUUGGCUACAAAACAUGUCAAGUAUGUAUGGCCAGAAGUUAACUAACUCUCGUCUCAAUUACUUCGACACUGAUCUUCUGCGAUACUUCGGCGAGGAAAAGGAGGGUAAUGUAAUGAUAUCACCAGCCAGCGUCAAAUCUAUAUUAGCGAUGAUAUUGGAGGGUGCUGGUGGAUCCACUGCCACGGAGAUCAGGAGUGCGUUGAGACUAUCGCUCAAUAAGGAAGAAUAUAGGGAACAGUUGAAUCUGUAUCUGUGUGCGUUACAGGCGAACACAACGGGCACGUUAUUAAAAAACGCUAACGGAGUAUUCAUGUCAGAUAAGAUGAGGCUUAAUAAGGAUUACGAAAUUAUGCUGAGGAAGGUUUACUUUGCUGAAGUCAACCGCAUGAACUUCAAGGACCCAAUACCGGUAGCGGAGAAAAUCAACAGCUGGGUGAACACAUCUACUAAAGGACUGAUACCUGCUAUUGUAGAGCCAGAUUUAUUAGACAAAUGGGAGGCUACCAUCGAUUUUAAGAAUAAAUGUUUCAACACUAAAAAUGCUUCAAAUGAUAUUAAAGUGUACGACUCCCAAAAUACAAACCUGUACGAGGAUAUUAUCCCCGCAGGAUCAUCAAAAUUAGUCAGGGUCCCCAUUAAUAUUCAUGACGGAGAUGCCAUCAUUAAUGAGCAAUCAAUAUCUAACUGUGUCAUAGCUGAGUGUCUAACGACG